CGCAGCUCGUUCGCCUGAUGGUGGGAUUGCGCGCGGGACAGUGGCAGAGUCUUUACGCACGAGCCUCUUCGCGCUCAUUCAAGGAUUUAGCAAAGGAAGAAUUUCUGCUCUCAUGGUGGCUCCUUUCUGCGCCUGCAAAGGAGAGCGUGGAGAAGAGCUGACCGGUUGAAUGUCACCUCCUGACGCCAUGGACCACAGCCGGCCUAUGGCCCCCCCAGUCCCUCCUCACAACCCAAAACCCGCCCGGCCGGGGCAGGCUCAGGAGCGGCUGCUGAAGUGCAUCCUGCUCGGUGACGGAGCUGUGGGCAAAACCAGUCUGGUAGUCAGCUAUACGACGAAUGGAUACCCGACCAAAUACGUCCCUACUGCAUUUGAUGACUUCUCAGCUGUGGUUCAGGUGGACGGAAACCCGGUGAGACUUCAGCUGUGUGACACAGCAGGACAGGACGAAUUCGACAAGCUCCGCCACUUCUGCUACAGCCGCACCGACACCCUGCUGCUCUGCUUCAGCGUGGUCAGUCCAGCCUCCUUCCAGAAUGUCUGGGAGAAGUGGGUCCCGGAGAUCCGCCGCCGCUGCCCCCUCACGCCCAUCCUCCUCGUGGGAACGCAAUGCGACCUGCGACAGGACGUCAAAGUGCUGAUUGAGCUGGCCAGGCGGAGGGAGAGGCCCGUGCUGGAGGAGGAUGCUAGGGCACUGUCGGAAAAAAUCGGAGCAGUUUCGUACAUUGAGUGCUCGGCGCUGACGCAGAAGAACCUGAAGGAGGUAUUUGAUGCCGCCAUCGCUGUGGGGCUGAGGCACUCUGAAAGGAGAGCGAGGAGGGAGCGGAAGGUCCGCAGCACAGCGGAUAAGAUGAAGAUGCUCUCCAAAUCCUGGUGGAAGAAGUAUGUUUGUGUCCAGUAGGAGGAAAAGGAAACAAAUGUCAUGUGCCUGAUUAUAAAACUGGAACUGCUGAGUUUUUACAAGGACUUGUGUUAAGUACUCUGGGAUGAUCUGAGAUGUGGUCAGAAUUACUUAAAUUCAAUGGCACAAACAGCAGCAUGUGCCGGCCUGAGCAAAGUUUGGCUCUUUUAAAGUUUGACCAGAAAUGAAACUUCGUUGACGCCUAAGAGACAGAGAUUUUAUGGCUGUGAAUAUCCUCUAAUCCACGGAGAGAGUGGGAACUCUUAACAUGACUGUGACCAGCAUUCAACCAAAAUAAUUGAGACGAUAAAGUCUGAAGGCACAUGGACUGCAGAUCAAACAGGACUUGUCCAAAUAAAAUCUGAGCUGACUUUAAAAGGAGACAAUGCCAUUGUUGUAAAAUAUUCUCCUCCUUUGUGUCUGGUUCAAAACUAUUUUGUAGCAAAGGAUAUGUUAUGUGUUACAGUGUAAUUCAGCCCCUAAACUCCUGAUCGAUCUUUUUUAUAUUUACUCGAAUCAGUGCAUAUAAACUGCUGAGCUUUAAUACCAAAUAAGAGAUUCAAUAGUAAUCUUCCUAGUGAAAGCUGAAGGCCGUUGUGCACCUUGUGAUCACAUUUAUUUGAACUCUUGGAUUACAAUCAAAUGUAAAUGAGUAUAAAUUCCUUUGAUUUCUCUGGGAGCUGUGGUUUGAACAUGUUGCACAUAUUUGAAGUCCAGCUAUUCAGAUUCAUAUUUACUCAGAGCUCCUGUAGGGAUUUCUCCACCUCAGAUUGUGUCCGUGCCACAUUUUGAUGUGUUUAAUACAGCCGCCACAUUGUAUAUCGACCACACAGUUAGAGGUCUGUAAGCUUCCCACCAACAUACGCCUACUGCAAGAGAUUAAUGCAACAAAACAUGGAAAGGUUCAGAAAUCCUGACAUUCACUUUCACCAAAAAGAAAGCCAAGUUUGCAGCAAUAACUUGGGUGGUUCCACUGUACAAUGCACUUAAAACUCACCAAUCACAUCACUUAAGUCAUGUCAUGCAAUGGCCGUUAGACGAGUGAUGUGAAAUAAAUUAGAAAAACAGCCAUUAAUGCUUGAUGUAGAUUUAGAGACACUGAAACCAAAGUGGCUGUGAGGGAAUCUGUUUUUUCUUUCUUGUCACAGUCAGGGCCUUAAACAGGUUAUAACCCUUGGUUUGAAACUUUCUGGUAAAUGAGGUGAACUCACCAAAGAGACUGAUUCUACAUUUGCUUCUUAUUUUUCAGAAGCCUGUCUGCUCCAUCUGGGCCAAUAACCGAUCAAAGCAACACAGAGCAGAUGUAUGAAAUAUGUAUGUGGUUAUGUAUGUUACAUAGUAAUCAAUUAUGAUGUUUGUAAUGUCAUCAGGAUAAAUCUGUGUACAAAGUGACUCAGUCAUUGUCUAAAUGGUACUUAACAGUAUGAGUGUUUCAGAGAGCGGUUUGUUGAUCUGUAUGAGCGGAAUAAAAUAAAAUGUGAAAUAUUUAA